AUGUUUUAUGGCGUUAUUUUUUUCUCAAUGCUAGCUGCUAUCAUCGAGGCACGCUUCAACCAAGCGCAGGAAAGCGAAGCUAUUCAAAAAAUUAUCGAGUUGGGUGACCUGGGACUGCCUGGAGAUGCGGCAAAUCUCGGGGCGGAAUGCUCCCAGACCCUCCUUCUUGCCGCCAAUCCAUGUGACAAACUCCGACUAGCCGACAAAAUUGUGGUCGUACUCGGAGAAAAUGAGCGGUCCAUCGCCGCAGCGCGAGGCCUUGUAGCUGCCGAGCAGGAUUUUGAUCCUUUAGAAGCCGGUGGUCCGUCCCUGUGUGGGGAUGUAGCUCUACCAGGGACUCCGUCUCUCCGCGGAAUCGUUCCUCUGGUUGACCCAACCAUUGCCGGCCAAGAAAUAGAAAAUGCAAAUGCAGCUCUCUCAGUUCAAAUCCCCUUCGACGCUGAGGGUAAAAGCGUAGCUGAUGUGGUCAUAACCCAAGGAUUCUUCAACUUCCAGGUGGUUCGAGCCGACGGCGUAUUAGUCAGUGCUUCUCCACUUUCCGAUGGCUCAGCCGAAACUACGACGAUGCAAGGAAAUCCAAACGACCUCAUCAUAACCACGCCAAUACCCGGCGCCACGUUAGUUAGGCGCAGGAGAAAGUCAAGAACUAGAACUUCAUCUUCCAGAAAGUCACAACCUUUUUUUCCAACCACUCCCAAGACCGCUGUCAGUAAAGGGGUAGGAGCUGUUGAUGAUCCUAUUGCUGGAACAUUUGGAGGCUUCGUACCCUCUACCAUCAAGGACGCGCAGUUUGGUACAUGCGUGCCGACCAUGAAGUUUGAAGCUGGUCUCAAUGGACGCAAGGAGACUGAAUUUACAUUCCAAGCCAUCGACCCAAAGAUCAACGCGGGUCAAGUGGAGGAUUUGGAUCCUAACGUUAUCGCAAAGCGCAUCUCGAGCCAAGUUACAAGUAUCUGCGGGGCCAAUCAGGUCGCUAAAGACGCCACGGCUGCCGGCUUAAUUAAGAUUGCUGGGCUGGGCACGAAGGAUAGUUCCACGGCCGAUGCGUGGAACUCGGCCCUCGGCUUUGCCAAAACAGAUACAAAUCCAGAUAAAGCUCCCAAAUCGGGCCUCAUUGGACAUGCCUAG